AUGUUGGUUAUAGAGAAUUUCAUAUUUAAAUUAAAUAAAGCAACAAGUUCGACUAAGUAUUAUCGAUGUAAUGAUCCAUGUUGCAGUGUUGUUGUUCAUACUGAUCUUGAAGAUAAUUUGCUGAAAAUCAAUGAUGAUCAUUGUCAUCCACCAGAACCUGAAGAAGUUCAGAUUCGAACAUUUAGACAAGCAGUGAAAACACGUGCUAUAAAUGAAACUACACCUAUACCCCAAAUUUAUGAUGAAGAAGCACUGCGAAUAGAUCUUUCACAAUUAUCAAUUGCUGCUUUACCAUCUCAGAGAGAAAUGAGUCACACCUUAAACAAAGCACGUCGUUUCCAAACACCACCAAUUCCUGAUACUCAAUUAUUUGAUUUACCUGAAUGUUAUACAAAAACAAUUAAAGGUUUAUCAUUUUUAUGUAUUGAUCAAUUAGUAAAACGUAAAACGCGAAUGUUGGUAUUCGCUUCCAAUGAACAACUAAAAAUGUUGUUUAAUAGUUCAGUUGUGUUAAUGGAUGGUACGUUUUCUUCUUCACCAUCAAUAUUUAGUCAAGUUUACUGCAUACACUCAAUAAAAUAUGAACAAUCAUUUGUCUGUGUUUUCGCUCUUUUACCUGAUCAGAAAAAAACUACGUACAAAUUUUUAUUAAAUGGAUUACGUGAUAAAGCUGCUGAAAUGAAUAUGGUGUUUAAUCCAACUACUAUCAUGUCAGAUUUUGAAGGAUCUCUUCUAGAAGUUUUAAAAAGUGAAUUUCCUAACAGUCAGCAUCGUGGGUGUUAUUUUCACCAUAACCAAGCGAUUUAUCGGAAUAUUCAAAAAUUAGGUUUAUCAAGUGCAUAUGUUGAUGAUGAUCAAAUUCGAAUAAUUUGUCGAAAACUUAUGGCUUUGGCUUUAUUGCCCCUUUCAUUAGUUAUUGAAGCAUUUGAUAAUCUCUAUGAUUCGGUUCUUGAAUCAUCAUCAACAACAUUUAAGUUACUUGAACCUUUAUUUAAAUAUUUCGAGAAUCAAUGGAUCAAAACAGUUGAAAUAAAAAUAUGGAAUGCGUAUGGGAUACAAAUGCGCACUAAUAACAAUUGUGAAGGGUAUCACAAUCGGUUAAAUUCAAGAGUAUGUAAAUAUCAUCCAAACAUAUGGACAUUCAUCAGAUGUAUACAAGGUGAAGAAAACAGAUUCAAUCAUUUGCUUAUUCAAAUGAAAGGUGGUCUUGCAGCUCGUCCACAAACGAAAACAACUCAAGCUAUUCAAAAACGUAUUGAUAAUUUAUAUGCUCGUUAUGAGAACAAGGAAGUGUCACCCGAUGAAUUAUUGGAAGGCUUAUCAUUUGUAGUUGCUAAAAAUAGCAAAUCAAAAAAAAAAUAA